UGGGCAAACUAUCUCAGAUAAAUGAGCCUUUUGUAGAUAGCACAACAACUUAAAUGCAGGACCCAACACCCUCCAGUUUCCAAAAUAAUUGAUUGUUGCAUCCAAUCCCUCCUCCUUCUGACAAGUUCUCUUUAAGACCAAAAAGAACAUCAGCUUGUGCUGAUGUUCCAGGGCUCAUUGGAGGCUCCCUGUUUCCUCUUUCUGGCUGGCUGUUCUUCCUGUGGUAGAGGAGGAACUAUGAGUGAAGAAAGCAGGCAACCAUGAUCGGAGCAGAAGAGAGCCUGGCCUCUUCACCCACUGCUCUUGCUUCCUGGUCUGUGGGAUCAAGUGACUUUUAAAGGCAUCUGGCUGGAGGAAGGCAGGUGAGCUCAAGCUCCACCCCUUCACCUGGGAAAUCAUUACUCUCCUACAGUGGCAAAAGGAAACAAGCCUGACCAGACAGGGGGAAAAAAACCCUGAAACCUUUGAAGGGUAACGCUCUGGUGCAUUUCACACCAAAGCUUCCUUGUGCACCUCUCUCUAUGCCUCCAUCCGUCAUGCACAUCUCUCCCGUUGCAGGGACUGCCUGCCAUGAAGCUCCACAUCUCCAGUACUUUUCUCUCUUCAUACCUGUCACAACCUGCAGACCGGCAGGGCCUCCUGUAUAAGAAGAGCAGUCGCAGUGCCUCCUACCAGCCAUGUUGGUGUGAGCUCCGGGGGAAUUUGCUUUUCUACCGGGAGCGAAGUGGAGAGCGGGGUUCCCUACAACUCAUCAUUCUGGAAGGCUGCACUGUGGAGCUACAGGAAUCUGCAUCCAAACCCUACACGUUUGAAAUUUUCUACCCUGAUGGAUUACUUGGUAGCCAAUCCUACAAGAUGGCAGCUGAGAAUCAGGAAACCAUGGAGGGUUGGGUGCGAGCUCUCAGCACAGCAGGAUGCGGAUACCUCCGAGCCUUGGUGGAUGAGCUGGAGAGUCAGUUUCAGAUGCUGAAGAACCAAUCGGGUUCCAAAGUAGAGGGAGACCCGAGAAACUUGAUGGCAAACAAUGAGCAGCCCUCUUCAACAUUGGUGGGAGAAGAAAGAUUUGCUAGCCUGAGUUUCCCUCGGCUCCAUCAGGAAUUUGGGAAAGAUAUUGUAGGGGCAAGACAUACCUGGCAGGAGGAGAGAAGAAGCACAAGGCAACCAGAGGGCAACAACUUGAUAGAUUUGCAGGAAGGGUGACCUGCAGUCCCAAAUACUGCACUGUAACCAGUAGGUUAUAGGUAACCUUGAAGGUAUCUUCAAAGACUGUGGCAUACAAGAUGGCAGUAUCUGUGAAGCAGAUAUGUCUUGACAUUUGCCUUUAGAGUAAGAUUUUAAUAAAUUUGUAUGUUUUAAAUUUGUGAACUGUGAUACA